UUGAUGGAGCCAGUGGGCCUGGCCAAAGCCUGCACUAAAGCAUUUACGAGGGUGGAUAACCCAGGCGGGUACACUUGGAGGUUGACUCCCCCGGCUGUGAAGGAUUCGUACUUUGAAGAAUUACGGAAAGAGUUUGCUUGGUCGCCUGAGGACGAGCUUGAGGUCAAGGGCAUGUGGGAACAGAAAGCCCCUAAGAGGUACAGUGACAUGAUGAGCGACUACAAGAGGAAGCUCAGGGCUAGUACCGAUGAAGGUCGGGAGAUGGAUAGACCCCUCUGGAUGUCUGCUAAAUUCUGGACAGGACUCCAGGCAUACUGGAUGCAUGAGGCUGUUCAGGCCGUUUCCCAGCGAGCACGUGCGAACUAGAUGUCUGAGCCCGAUGGACCCGGUACAGGGAUCAGCAGGCACGUGGGAGGGUCUCAGUCCACUCGUAUCCUGCAGCAG